GAAUGAAAAUGACGUGAUGAGAAUCUGUUAGUACUUUGACACGUCCGUGUAUGUAUGUAUUUGUCAGGUUACCCAUUCACGAUAGCUUCUUUUAUGCCGGCAAGACGCCCGCAGAGCAACGGUCUCUUUACCGAAGAACCGUCGAACCCACGCGGCAGCUGGUUGUUUAGUUUGUAGUUACUAAACCGAAGAGCAACCUGUCAGGACGAUACCAUAUUUUUUGUUGAGGGGUGUAGUAGUGUAUUUCCUGUCUGUCUGUUUGUUGAUGUCUAAGGGACAGGCUUCAGAUGUCAUGAAUGGUAUUUACUCAGCUUCAAAGUUGCAAAAACAAAGGUGUAGAAGAAAAAGUGCUUUUGUUGGUUGUUUUGUGGCGGUCUCUGGCUGCUAGUGCUCAAAGUUUGGACGGCAUAUCCAAUGUCUUUCAUGUUUUAUACAAAGAAACAGCCCUGGUAAUUUCAUCUAAACAAUGGGCUGAUGUAAACCCUGAACUUAUACAACAAAUCCUGGAGGUAAUCAAGGAUUGCAGCCCCUCUAUUGCUAAAGUGGUCGAUGAAGCAGGUCAGCUGUGCGAGAUGCUAUCCAUAGCAAUUCAGGAUUCUUGGGGAAUGACAUUGUUACAAGAGAUGCUGAAGAGAGAUUGUGAUUCUAAUAAAAUUGGGCCUCCACCACUGGAUAUGCUAUUGAAGAGGAUAGAAUGUUUAAUUGCCAGAAACCAAGACGAUGUAGCAUUACAGCUGUGUCAACUAUGUAAGAAUACUACCAACCAGAACAUGUUUAACUCUAUGGAUAGUUUGAAUGAAACUAUUUCAGGAGGCUCAAGAGAGAAUGAUCCACUACAAAAAGAUCAAGAAAUGAGGGUAGCCAUUUUUAAUUGGCAUUUACUUCUUCUACAUCGAAUGGGGAGAGUUUCGGAAUUAGUCAGAGAGACUGCUCACUGUAGUUGCCACCAAGGGGUUCAUCUGAUCCGCCAAGCACGAGAAAGCUGCGAAUCUGAUGCUAUUAGUCUGGCCGAAACUCUGACUCACACCUUCCUGGUUCGAGAUUUAGUUGUUCCAUCUAACUACUGCUGUACCAAAGACUUGAUGAGCUUAUGGUGCAGUCUGCAAGUGGAACAGAAUAGAGAUAUUGAUGAGGUUUGUGCAGCAGCACAGUUGCUCCUUGUUGAAUAUGCCUCAACCAGCGCACAUUUUUAUUUGUUUGUUGACGUACUGUGGGAAGAGUAUGGACAGUUGAUGUUACCAUUGUAUUUAGAGUUCUACGUACGAGGCUUGACGGUAGAUUUAAACUUUCUUGAAGAAGCCAGAUAUGAGGGGGCUGCAGAUAGGAUAUUGGAACUGGAAGCUCAUGUAGCCAACAUAUAUAGCAAGCUAGGUACCCUUUUUGAAAAGAAACAAGACGAGAUUUCACUUGAAUGUAUUUUAAGUGCCUUCAGUAUUGAUCCAACAUGGGAGAGGCUAAAUCUGUUGCAAGAAGUGAUGCAACGAAUAGCAACAAGAGCUACAAAAUCACAGUGUGAUGGAAGUAUUGUCUCUGAAGCUUUCCUUGAAGGAUUACUAGCUCGGGUCCAGGAUGUUGUUAUCAGUAAUGAUGAAUCUGUAAAAAAUGACUGUAUGUGUGGUGGGAGGUGUUCUACUCCUUCCGAAGAACCAGAGGUUUUAGCUCAUUUGUGUAGAGAUGGCAGACCUCAAUAUGUGUACCGAUUACCACAUCCUGUAUUAGAUGUGCAUAUUCAGGGUGUGCCAUAUUCUCUUCUUAAAGACUUUGUGAUGGUGCUAGAGUGUAUGAGAUGCCAAUUAUUAAAACGUGGGAAUUCUUGUGAAGAAAUGAAACAAGUGUGUGAAGAGUAUCUUGCUACCACAUCUGCCCUAAAGACUAUAAUGCAGCACAGUCACACAUACGAAAGUGCAGACAGUGAAACAGAUUCAGCAUCAGAGGAAGAAAUAAAUGGAAAAUAUGCUGGAACUAUGCAGCAAAACACCAUAUGCAAUAAACAUAAUAAUUCUACUAAUCUUCCUUUGUCUACUAUUAAUAAUGAAAACAGUAAAGAACUUGCCAUAUCCAGUAAUUCAGUUGACUAUAAACUUUCAUUGCCAGUGAAGAAGGGUAUUAAAAAACUUCGAAAAGCUAAAAAAGAUUUAAAAGAAGGCUCUGUGAAGAAACUAAAGACUUUGAAGAAAGCACAUAUUAAAAGGGAUAAAGCCGAAGUUGACCAUGAGCUAAAAAAGAAGAAGAGAAAGAAAAAAAGGAAAACUAAAAAAGAAAAAGAUAGGGAUGGUUCUGGUGAAACUGGACUUGAAAAAGUUAGAUGUAAAAAACGAAAGUUUAAAAAGAAAGAUAAAGUUAGAAGUCAAAUUCUAGAAUGUGCAGCAUCUCUGGGACUCACACCAAGUUCAAAUAGCUUGGAAAUUGACUUAUCGUCCUUGAUUAACCAAUGUGUGGAUAUUUUAUUGUCACGAUUGGAUAGUAAUGCUACUGUUGUUGAGAAAAAUCAUAUGCUUCCCUCAGUGUCCGGUGGUUUGAGUUGUGAGAAAAAUUCUAAAAUUGCACUUAUAUCGCAACUACUAUCUUCAGGAUCUGUUGAAGAUUCUGAAGCCGAAAGAAUUGCCCAGCAGCUCCUUCAGAUAGAGAAAAAGAAGAGAAAGAUAGAAAGAAAUCAGAAAGUAAAGAAAUUGAAGUUUUUUGAGAGUGUUCACAAACAAAAAACUGUAGAAAAUAAGAACACAAGGUUCAAAAAAGUAAAAUAUAGGAAACAAGGGAAAAAAAUGGGAAAGAAAAUGAUUAAAAGUAACACUAAGGCAUGUCUUCAUGAGAAAUCUGACUUGUCUGGAUCCCCCACUUCAUCUAACAAGAAAAAAGACAUAAGUGAAAUAAAUACAAAACGUGCUAUCACACUAUUUACUCCAACACCUUCAAGACAGACUUUUGCACCUUCUGAUCCUAAGAAGAAAAGUCUUAUUUUGUCACCAGCUAGAAAAUCUUCAAAGAUUGAAGAGAAGCUUGCACAUGGAAGGCCACUGGAAGCCCAAUUUUCUUUGAACCAGCCAAUUUUGUGUAGUAAAUUGAGAGACUGCAUCUUUUUUGGAGGAAUGGCUGGAUCAAAGGAUUCAGUGUCUACUGUCACUACAACAGUUUGUAAAACAAGGCCGAGCACUACUCCCAUAUUACCAAAUACUGUAAGACCUGACUCCACAAUUGUUUCAGCAUCCCGCUCUUGCAUUUCUUCUUCCAUAUCAACAUCUUCAACAACAGAGGUUCCUGUCAUUGUAAGCAAUAAGGAUACCAUUCAAAAGCCACCUUCUACACUUACAGUAUCCCCUGUUUUAAACAUCAGGACCAUGAAUAAAGUACUUCCAUCCCAUGAAUUAGAGUCCCAAACUGAUGCAACUAUUUCAGUUUCAGUGAGUGCAGCAGAAAAAUUAAAUAUAUCACAUCAGCACCUAGAAGAGAUCAGUCAGCAUGUGCCUGCUGUGGCAACCUUAACUUUACCUGGUUGGAGAGGAAGUGGGGGAGGUCAGAAUGGUGGAGGAAGAGUGCUUACUGGAAGAUUAGUGAUACCUGUAAACAAUAUGAGCAACAACAAUGUCAUAACAAAAGAAAAUUUCCUUAUGCAACACCCAACGGUUAUGUCAGCAGGAUCUGGGAACCCUGCAACUGUAGCCAUACCAAGCGUUAUCAUUGUCAGAGGUGCUCCUCCAAAGCCUGAAAACAAGGUUUCUACUAAAGAAAACUUGUGUCAAAACGUAGACUUUCAAAAAGGACAGAAAAAGAAACGAAUUUGGACACCUGUAAGAAAUCGUCCAGGAUCUCUAGAGUAUCGUAAAGUCCCAGGCCAGCGAAAAUUUAGCGUUGGUAGUAAUCAGAAAAUUACAAAUAUGGGGUCUAAAUCUCGAAUGACUUUUACAGGUGUCCCUGUAUGUAUUCAAGCUGUUAAUGGAGGUUUAGCAUCUACAAGUAUUGCUUCAGGAUCAUCCCAGGUGGUCAGUUCUUUGGUAAGGGUAGAAAAUAACCAAAAGAUAAUGAGUUUAGUAUCGACGCCUGGAGUGACCAUUGCAUCGGUACCUGUGUGCAUUCAAGGUGGUGGAGGAAACCUAGUUUCUACCAGUAUUGCUGCAGGUCAAUCUCAUGUAGUAGGUUCAGUAUCAGGUACUAAAACAACCCAAAAUACUGUGUCACAAACAUCAUGCUUGCAUGCUAAAGAAACAAGCCAGUCCAGUAGUUCAAAUCAGUAUAUUGCAGUUAGGACUACAGGAAAUUCAACAUCUGUUUUUCUCCCUUCUGUCACAGUUGUGACUACUACUACUACCACAACUACAACAUCUUUAAAAACCACAGGGAUGGGCACACAAACAUUGACUACAGCAUUUACUGCAACUGCUAGUGGUUCUGAUAGAACUUUAAAAACAGGAGUUAACAGCUUGUUCCCACCUAAUUCUCCUGUACUUAUUGGUCUUCCUGGUUUGGCUCAACCUGUAGCAAGUGGUCAGGCUCAACUUCAGCAUGGUUCUCAGUCCCUGUCAUUUGUUGCAGUCCAGACUGUAAGUGUUCCCAACAAAGCUAAGAAGCCCACUCCAUCCAGAAAAUUAAAGCCAAAGAAAGAAAUGGGCAAGCAUCCAGAAUCUACUUCAAAGUCUAAACCACAAAGUAAGACAUCUCAGGUUCCAAGUGAAAGUUCCUUAGGUAGCAGAUAUUCUGUUGACUCAGUAAAGAGAUCUGACUCUCAGUUUUUACCCUCCCAUUACUCUCAGAGGAGUGUAAAUACUCAGUUUUCUGCUGCAAGUGUAAGUGGUAUUCAGUCUGCAGGUGUUUCAGGAAAGUGCAUGCCUCAGUUGAAAGUCCCAGCUGCAUCAAACAAGGCCUGUCAACAGAACAAAACCGAGGCUUCAUCACGUUCUCUGUCAUCCAUUAGCGAUGCUGUACGAGUAAGUCUUAUGAUGAUGGAUGAAAACUCUGGAGGAUCUGAUGGACAGAUUGUUCAGAACUACACACAGUACAAUAUGAACUAUGCAGACAAAGAAGUAAUCCCUCUCACAUCAUCAUCUACUUUUCCUGGGAGUUUGGUAAUUCAUCCACCAACACCUUGUGUUGUUGAGGAUCCACCUUUGUCUUUUGUGACAAGUGCCUCUAAUGUGGACAGCCAGAAAUUUGAAUUACCCACUCAGUCUCUCUCUCUUUAUUCAAAUGCAUCAUGGGUACCUGAAGAUGCAGAAAUUAAACCACAGGCUAAAUCUCAACGUAAGAAAUCUCUAUGUGCUGAAAAUCAGUCUGGUGAGAGUAAGAAGAAGCGGAAAAAAGUUACCUCCUCUUCAAAUACUGGUUCUGACGGAAAAUCACCAGAAGAACUGAAAAAAUUUUGGUGUCUCUCAUGCAGUAGAAGUUUUUUUUCAGCAUACAAUUUAAGAAGACAUCAGAAAAACGUUCACAAGGUAGAUCUUCCUUCUCCUCAAGGAUCAGGUCUGGAGACUCCAGUUUCUCCUGAUUCAGUUGCAAUGGAUGUACCAUUUGUUUCUCAGUCACAAAGUCAAAUUAGAAGUGAAAUGUCAACUGUUCAUCAGAGAACUUCAGUUCCACUCACUGGUGAGGGAAAUCAGAAUCCUUCUCAUUUACGUCCAGAAAAUAUUCAUUACCAGUCUUCUAACAUUAUUCACACACAACCUGUUGUAACCCAAGUACAGGGAUCUUUCCAAUACUUAAACAAUCAGAAAUUCUUACCAACUAACCCAUCCUUUGUUGGUCAGCCAGGGGUUUAUCCUGUGCCAUUAAGCACUAUUCACAGAGAUGUGAAUCCUCAAUUUGUAUCCCCUAUAAUGCAGUCUCAGGCUCAAGUAAACACAAAUCAGUACUGUAUAAAUGAUCCUGUAGGGCUUCCUACAAGUACAAUCUCCCAAUCAAUACUUCCCGCCGAUUCCGAGCCUCUAGUUACCAAAGAAUAUUCUUCCCUUCAGCCUUUACCACCAUGUGAUACAGAUUUCAGUGAUGUGAAUCAAAUGCUUCAUAGUACUGAAAAAUGGGAACCUCUUCAACCUGUAUCUGUAAGCCUUACUUCAGAGAUGGGAAUAUUGUUAUCUCCCCCAGAAAUACCUGUUUCUUAUGGUGCACCUCAGGUGCUUGGAUGCUCUGAUCUUGGUGGAGGUUCUUUGAUGUCCCAGGAUCUUCCAGCUGUUGUCACGUCAGUGGUAACAGAGAAUGUUUGUAAUAGCUCUAGUUACUGUAUGAAAAAUGAAAGUGCUUCAUCUAACGUUUUUUCAAAACAAAGUCAAGGAGGAAACUCUGAGGGUACAACUUUAAGUUUUACUGUAAAGCCCAUGAAAAAAGUUCAGGAAUCAAACACUGUAAGAUCUGAAUUAUCAGACAGUAUCCUGUGUGUUUCUGAUUGUAGACAAAAUAUAUUUCUUGAUAAUCAAAAGAGUUUUGUAGAUAAUACAAGAGAGUCUUUAGGUGGUCAAAAGUUAGAAGAAAGAGAAAUUACAUCAUCUGAUUGUCAGAAGAAUUUUGCUGGUAAUGAAGAAAAUGUUACCCUUGAUAAUUGUAAAAGCUUGGACCAUGGACAGGCAGCGGUAUCUGUUAGCAAUCAAGUCAUAGAUAAUUUUGAAGUUGUUACUUCAAAUUCUGAGAAAGUCAUAGAUAAUGAUAAUUCUAUAAAACAGCAAGUCACAAAUAUUGUUGAAGAUAUUGCUUGGGAUAGCCUACGAGACUUAAAUACAAAUAAAAAAGAUAUCCAUAGCAGUCAAAAGAAGGUGAAUGAAGAGAGAGAUGGCAGAUCAUUAAAAAUUCCUUUAAAGCAACAGGAAUCAGAAGAGGACAAAGAAAGCUGCACUGGGCUAAAAGGAUGUUCACCAAAACAUAUUAGUUAUGGAAUGGAUGAACAUUUGGGAUCUCAUUCUUCACCUCGUAGUAUAGCUAAAAGUACACGAGCUAGAAGACGAGUGCAGAGAUGUAGAAAUCAGGAUACAUUUUCAGAACUUGGACAUUCCGUUAGUUCAUCCAGUGGGCUUACUAAAGUUCUCCAACCUGAUAUAAAACUUUUAAGAUACAACAGUAAUGAAAAUGUUGUAGCCAAUGAAACUUCAUCGAAGAUGGUUGAAAGUUUUCCAGAAGAAUCAUAUGUCCUAAAAAAUGUUCAUUUGAAGGACAAGAAACAAGGAGAAAAGUUUAGUUUAUCUAGUUUAAAUAGAAUUACAUGUGAUAAACCACAAUCCAACAAAACUGCUCCAGGACAUGAAAUUUCAGAAAGUGCAAAAGAUACAAAUUCUGGUUCAGAUGAAAAAAAAAUAGAUAAAAUUGAACAAAAUCUUCUCAAAUGCAGAAGUCAAGAAACCAUGAUAAAUGAUGAUCCUUGUGAUCUGAGAAGAGAGGCAGUUAAAGAUACGAGUCAAACAGGAAGUGUUUUGAGUCAAAUGAAAAGUAUUUUAAGAAGCAGAAGUCAAGAAGAUGUUCUGUGUUAUGAAAAGUCCUUUACUUCCGUGGAAGAUUUGGAACAUAAUACAAGUGUUUUGAGAGACACAGAUGAUGACCCUCUUACAGAAGACACAGUUUCUAAUUCCCAACAGGAUAAAGCUGUAGGUACUUAUUGUGAAAAACACCUUCCAAAACAUAAAAGAGAAAUAUCUAUGAUAGGUCCAUGCUUUUCCAAUCCAUCUGUAAUGUUAUCUAAAGAUAUACUAUUAGAAAAAAGUAUUCUUAGACAUAAUGUUCAAGAAAUUGUAAUUAAAGAUGAUAGUAGUUCUUGCCCUACUAGAAGUCUGAUUAAAGAUUCAAAAUUUCAAAGAAAUGUUCCAAGAUGGCGAAGUUUAGAAAAUGUGUCUGAUACCGGUUUAAGAAAACGUGUUGCUAACUCUACCCAACCUCAGAGAAGACUUUUGAGAAAAAAAAUUCAAGAAACUGUUGAUAGCAUAUUUGAAAUUCCACAAGAUAAAUUAUCAACAGAAAAGGAUGAAGUCGAAGAUAGCCAACUGACUUCAUACAGAAUGAUUAUCAAAAAGGAGGACUGUGAUAUAUCAAAGACUUCAAUUACAAAAGAAACUGAUCCUGCAAAACAAUCAUCUCCAGAAAAUUAUACUGCAAUUUCAUCUAACUCUUCCAUAUUUGGAAACUCUGAGAAGAUCCCAGAAACUGAAGACAUGUCUAGGCCAAACUCUCGUGCAAGCCGCUGGAGCAUCAGAUGUCUUCAACCUUCUGGAAGAUCAACUGAAAGCAAUUUAUCUUGUAAAGAGGAAGCCAACCAAAGUGACAAAAAUGAGGAAAAGUGCAAACCCCUGGAAGAUGGCAUCAGGGGUCGAACACGUUCUAGAGAUACCUCAAAGCGGGCGUUGAGGCGCAGUUGUCCUUGUUGUGAAAACUCCACCCGAUCUUCAUUCUCGAAGAGGUGCCGAACUACUGUCAGUAAUGGAGGCUCUCAAACACGGAAUUCAAAGCGGAUGUUAUCAAAAAAUACUUUACAGAGAAAGACUCGAAGCUCAGUCCAGAGUGGUGUUAGCACAAGGUCUUCUAGGCCAAAAACUCGUUCUUUAGCUUACUCAUGAUCUUGAUAAUUUGAAAGUGAGUAAACUUGUAAAAAAAACAAAAGUCCUUGUGUCACAUGUACAGAUUCAUAUGAAGAGUUUUAGUAUUACCUUUGCUUAUUGUCAAGCGUUUGUAGUUACAAAGCGAAAAUUUUAAGAAGUUUAGCAUGCAAGUUUGUAAAAUAAGAUCCAUGUAUGCACUUAUUUGUACAUAGAAAAAAGUAUACACAGCAAAAUAAAGAAAAAGUGUUAAGUAUAGGAAGUUGAACUGCUCUGUAUAGCGUAGGAAGAAUACUUUAUACAGUAUAUAUUUGUUUAUAAAAACGUGUAGUGAAAGUAUUAUGUGAGGGCUAUAAGAUGUGAUAAACUACUAUAUACAAGUAUUGCAACGUUUAAUUUCUCUGUAGUUAUCCACCGUUUUUUUUUUUCAACGUAAAAUUUGAUCAUAAACUAUUAGUUG